AUGGCGCUCCGCAGGCUCCAGCUCCAAAAGUCCCAGUACCUGCAGCUGGGCCCAAGCCGUGGCCAGUACUAUGGCGGGUCCCUGCCCAACGUGAACCAGAUUGGGAGCGGCACCGUGGAUCUGCCCUUCCAGACACCCUUCCAGUCCUCAGGCCUGGACACCAGCCGAACUACCCGGCACCAUGGGCUAGUGGACAGAGUGUACCGGGAGCGUGGCCGUCUUGGCUCCCCACAUCGCCGGCCCCUGUCAGUGGACAAACAUGGAAGGCAGGCGGACAGCUGCCCAUAUGGCACCGUGUACCUCUCGCCACCUGCGGACACCAGCUGGAGAAGGACCAAUUCUGACUCUGCCCUGCACCAGAGCACAAUGACGCCCACCCAGCCAGAGCCUUUUACGGGUGGGUCCCAGGACGCGCACCAGAAAAAAGUCUUACUAUUAACGGUCCCUGGAAUGGAGGAGACCACAUCAGAGAUGGACAAGAACCUUUCCAAGCAAGCAUGGGACACCAAGAAGACGGGGUCCCGGCCCAAGUCCUGCGAGGUCCCUGGAAUCAACAUCUUUCCAUCCGCCGACCAGGAAAACACUACAGCCCUGAUCCCUGCCACCCACAACACGGGGGGCUCCCUGCCUGACCUGACCAACAUCCACUUCCCCUCCCCCCUCCCGACCCCGCUGGACCCCGAGGAGCCCACCUUCCCCGCGCUGAGCAGCUCCAGCAGCACCGGCAACCUCGCAGCCAACCUGACACACCUGGGCAUUGGAGGUGCCGGCCAGGGGAUGAGCACGCCUGGCUCCUCGCCGCAGCACCGCCCGGCCGGCGUCAGCCCGCUGUCCCUGAGCACGGAAGCAAGGCGGCAGCAGGCCCAGCAGGUGUCGCCCACUCUCUCCCCACUGUCACCCAUCACUCAGGCCGUGGCCAUGGACGCCCUGUCUCUGGAGCAGCAGCUGCCCUACGCCUUCUUCACCCAGGCGGGCUCUCAGCAGCCGCCGCCACCUCAGCCUCAGCCCCCGCCCCCGCCGCCGCCUGCGUCCCAGCAGCAGCCGCCCCCGCCGCCCCCGCAGUCCCCCCCAGAGAACUCGGGCCAGCCGCCGAUGGGGAUCGACACUGCCUCGGCGCCGGCUCUGCAGCAGUACCGUACUAGCGCUGGCUCCCCAGCCAACCAGUCUCCCACCUCACCCGUCUCCAAUCAAGGCUUCUCCCCCGGGAGCUCCCCGCAACACUCUUCCACCCUGGGCAGCGUGUUUGGGGACUCAUACUAUGAGCAGCAGAUGGCGGCCAGGCAGGCCAAUGCUCUGUCCCACCAGCUGGAGCAGUUCAACAUGAUAGAGAAUGCCAUCAGCUCCAGCAGCCUGUACAGCCCGGGCUCGACACUCAACUACUCACAGGCGGCCCUGAUGGGCCUCACAGGCAGCCCUGGGAGCCUGCCGGACACACAGCAGCUCAGCUUCCCCAGCCACAGCAGCAUCCCCAAUAUCAUCCUCACAGUGACAGGAGAGUCCCCUCCCAGCCUCUCUAAAGAACUGACCAGCACGCUGGCCGGGGUCGGUGACGUCAGCUUCGAUUCUGACAACCAGUUCCCCUUGGACGAACUCAAGAUUGACCCCCUGACCCUGGACGGACUGCACAUGCUCAAUGACCCAGACAUGGUCCUGGCCGACCCGGCCACCGAGGACACCUUCCGGAUGGACCGUCUGUGAGCCGCACGCCCGGCACACGGCCGCCCAGCCCCCGGCUCCGUCACCCCACCGGUCAGUGGUCCCCACGGCGUCUCCCCCAGCCUGGGGACAGCGGCGCUCCGUCCCUCGCAAACGGCCGAGCUUGUGAUUCUGAGCUUGCAAUGCCGCCAAGCGCCCCAGCCCACCCGCCCGCCCACCCCGGUCGUCCACCUCCCGCGUGAGGCCGCGUGUCGUCGCCCCCGCGGACCCUCCCUCCCUGCUCUCUCGUCCCCCUGUAAGAUGCGGAAAGCGUGCUGGGCGGGGCCGCCGGCCUCGGGGGGGCGCCGCGCCCUGCGACGGUGGUGGGAUGAGGUGCAUCUUGCGACUGUUGUCCAGCUCUCACUGCCUUCCUUUGUCCCCGGUACCCCCACCCGCCCGCGCCCCCCGUCCUUGGUUAGGUAGCGAGCCAGCCCCACCCCGCCAAAAGGAGAAGGCGCCGGGGGCGGGGGGCGGGCGGACAUGAAGCGGAAAUAAACACUAUUUGGACUGCCGUCUUUUAUAUUUCUGAGCACACACAGAACACUAGACUCCAUCCCACGGAGGUGGGAUGCAAACAUGUGAACGGAGCAUGCGAAGCAGCUACGUCUCCCCCGGGGCCCAGUAGGGAAGCCCACGCCCCCGCCUCGCCACCCCCAGCUGGGCCCCUCGGUGGCCACCUUGGCUGUGAAAUCCCCACCCAGGCCUGUCGGGGAUGCACGUGGAGGCGGGGAUUAUUUCUAGGGGGUUUUGCGACUUGUUUCCAUCUUUCUUUCUCUGUACCGUGGUCACUGU